CUGUUUCCAAAGAGAGCACUUAAUUUAAUGUUUCCUCUAAGUGACCCAGGGCUGUUCCGUCUGAUAGAUGGAAGGGUGACAUUGCCUUAAAACAGAAAUAUGCAGGCGUUGGCUAUUUUCGGCAGAUGAGUGUGUCUUCGUUCCCAAAGUAGUUCUCGUCUAAUGGCAGGGUGCGGUCCUUCUGAAGUGGGCCUGGCCGGGAGACAGACCACUGCUCUUCUGCCUCAGGGCACCUGGAGGGAACUCCUGCCCGGCAGCCCCAAGCACUCGGCCUGGGGUUCCAGCCAGCAGGCAGCCUGACUCAUCUGGGGCUAAAAUUCAUCUCACUUGAAGGGUGGGAAAAAUCCAUGUAUCUCAGGCUAAGUUCGAAUGGGCUCUUGCUAGCAUCUCAUCAUCACGACACGCGGAGUGCGUGUGGAAGAGAAGAGUGCAGUGGCAGGCCCCGGAAGGCCGCGCUCGCUCAGACCCCCACGGAAAGCAGUUACACGGUGGGCGACCCUGCUGAACAGCCUGCAUUUUUUUCUAAGAUGUAGAAUGUCUUCCCGGCCUGGGUCUGUUUCAGGGUCUUUCAUUUUUCUGGUUUAUGGCCAUGCUUGCUGGCUUCAGUGUGACGGAGGAACCCCCAGGACUCCUAGAAACAGUAGUGAAAACUCAAACCUUUCUUUUGUGGCCGACUCCAGUGCUUGCAAGGCCAAGGGGGCAGAGAUCUGAAAACAAAGGUUGCCUGAGUGAAGGGAGAGUUCCCCUCCAAAAAGGCCUAAAAGUGACCCUGGACUCAACCAGGGCGCUGGUGUUCAGCCCAUGUCCCAAACAAGGAAGCCCUCUUUGCGUCAGCCAUCUUAGGGUUGUCAGCUCCCCAUACACCUACCCUAUUCUACAGCCAUUGGGAAAAACGCAGCCCCUUCCACAAAGGGCCCUGGGGUCCUCUCCUGUUGGGUGCUAUGUAGGAAUGGGCAGUGAUGCCCUUGAUGGGAAUGUGGUCCUGGAGGUGCCCUACCUACAUCCUGCUGCACCCCACCCACGGCACUCGGGGUGCACGAUGACCCCCCUUUAUUCUGAGGCCAUGCAUCCGGGCAGGUGCAGGAUUCGCCAGGGUGCAGCCUCCAGGUGCAAACUUCAGCAGCACUGGGGUCCCCAGACCUCCCCAUGCCCUGGGUCACAGCUCAGACCAGGGAAGGUGAUUUCGGAGGCGGGGACAGACAGCUGGGCCACGGGUGGCCCCCAGCCCUCUUCUGGGGACACACAGACAGGGCUGGUGGCUUCCUGGGGUCCAAGUGAAGUGCGGCAGAAGCGGGGUCUCCAAGUCUCCUCCCCCCCCAGCCCAGUGUCUCCAGAAGACUGGCCGCUUUUCUUGCCAGAAGCAGGUGCUAAGGUGGCUGCCAGCGUCAAAGCACGCCCCAGGGACUCGUCCCUAGAGCUCAGCAAACGAGAGGGCCACCGAACAGGGAAGCAUGAUCUGAGCAAUAGUGUCCCCUCAUUUCUCAACUCCUGGUUUCGGCUGUGUUUACAAGGCUACCUGAUGUUUUUGACUUCUGACGGAUAUCACUUUUUUUUUUUUUUUUUUUAAACCCUUUUUCUAAAGUCAUUUAAAGACUGAGUGCUGGAAGGUUUGAAGGGCCUGAUAUAUCCGUCACGUUGCAGCCGGUAAGAAAUGCUUUGCAGGUCACCCACAUCUUUCUGUCCAAAGAUUCCACGUGCGAUUCUGGUGACCAUAUUUUCCAAAGCUAAAAUCAAGGGUGUGGGCUGACCCUUUUUGAAUUCAGGAUCACCCUGGGAAAAGCCAGGUCCUGUAACUGAUUUUCCCGAUUCUGAGGCUGAGUUUCAAAGGUUUGUCCCAGACACAUCCCAGAGAAUUUUGUACCAGAAUUCGGAUGCACAAUCCAGCUUACUACUGAUUAAUGCCUGAACACCGUUUAGGGAGAGGCCCUUCCCCCACCUGCUACUCUGUCUCAUCAGUUAGAAGAGUUGGACUUGGUGGGAGGCGUGAGCCCGGGGCCACACUUGGUUUCUACUGACCCCCAUCGAGGUAUUGGACUUGCAGUGUUCCCCCGACCCCACCCAGCUUCUCCCCUUCUCAUGCAGCUUUAAAACCUUACUCCUUUUAUUUAAAGAUGAACAGGAUGGGAGAAAGUGGCUUCCCCUGCCCUGGGCAUCAUGCAUUCCCUGUGGGGGACACAGGAUGCAUGGGGGCCGGCGGGGCCGCAUAAGCAGCUUUCUCUCAGGGCUCGGGACGUCUUCCUAGUGACAUGGCGACAGGCUGCUGCAUGUGCUCGUUUGGAAACCAAGCUGAAUGCCUGCCUGGCAACCACAGGUCUGGGUGAAGGCCGUCUCUCCCACUCAGCCCAGGGCCGCCUGUCCGAGGCCAGAUGCCUCCCUCCCCACCUGCCUUCCGUGGAGCAGGGGGCCACUUCCCAGUGUGGCUCAGACACCCGAGGGGAGGCGUCCAUUCCUGGGUCAGGGUGCCUGUCUGGGUGUGUGGGUGGGAGGCUUUGCUCCCUCGCCUCACCUUGGAGAGUCCCUCGUGCCAAGUGCAGAGGACCCUGAGGGCUGGAGGCGUCGCUCUCCCGAGCAGCUGUGGGUUGUUGGGCGCAGGCCGCUGUGGCUCCCACAGGGCCGGGAAUUGCUGUGUGGGUGGGCUGGGUGCACGCCGGGUCUCUGCUGCCCCGGGACUCUGCAUAAAGGGCCCCUCCUCCUCCCAAAGCCAUUGAUGGAACUUCUCUGGAAUCGUUUGCCAAAAUCCCAAGGUAGAAUCCAAGGGUCCAAGACCAUUUCCAUCGAGCACACGUUUUCCUUUUCCAUAGGAACUUUUUUUGUUGUUU